AUGGGGGUUUCGGUGGGAUGUGGGUCUAUACGGAACGCGGGGUUGCUGGAGAAGAGACGGCGGUGGGAUUAUAAUGCCUUUGCCGAUAUGAUUGGGAUGGUGAAGUUGAGUUGCCGGACAAGAGAAAUAGUGGUGGGAUUACGGUGGUGGCGGUGGCAACUAGGAGCAAUGAAGAGAGGAGCGCGCGUCUCGUCGGCCGGAUUCUCGUUGCCGGAAUUGAGAAUCGAAACGGCGAAAUUGCAGUCUGCAGAGGGAGAUAAUGGGGAAGAAGAGGAGUGA